UACAUCCGGUGAAACGUCUGGCUAGUUGUUCUAUCUGUGGCAAUAUCGUAUUUGGAGCUUGCGAACGGAAAAAUGUUUACCAUAUUUUGUAAAAAAAAUAUUAAUUCGACGAAAAUAAUGGAUAUGUUCAGUAAACUGACACAUCUCUUUCAACAGGCGUUGGAGACCAGGGAGCCAUCAGUAAAUUUAUUGGACUCUUUCGUGGACCACUGGAAAGGGAUAACCAAUUAUUACAUUGAAACUACUGGUCAAACGAGGCCUGUAAAGCAGACAGACAUCCCAUGGCGAUUGAAGCAGAUGCUGGAUAUCUUAGUUUACGAAGAGGCCCAACAGGGGCAGGAGGAGAUGGGCCCUUGUAUGGAGUACCUCCUACAGCACAAACUGCUGGAGACCCUCUGCACCCUAGGCAAAGCACAGUACCCCCCAGGAAUGAACCAGCAGGUCCUGGUGUUCUUCUCCAAGAUCCUGGUACAAAUCCAAAAGCCAAUGCUUCACAUCCUCAAUGUGUAUAGGCCAGUCCAGAAGCUGGUUCGUCUGUGUGGUCUUCCGGGAUCGCAGACUGAGAAAGAGGAGGCUCAGUUAAUGUUUGUGGUUUGCUCCAGGGUGAAACAAGAUCCGUAUGUUCUCAACUACAUUUUAGAGAUUAAAAAGGAUAAUCACUCCAAGAGGUCUAUUUCUACCUCUGAGGAUACAGAAAAAGAGAGAAGUGGAGAAACUGUGUCUUCCAAUUACCCCACAGCUUCCAACCCUGCCUCCACCUCCAGUCCUCAACAGCACUCACCCACUGACUCUCCCUCAACUAUUUUCCCAGCCAAUGCAGGCCUCAUCCAUGUCUUGGUCCACUUGAGCAGAAGCCAGAAAAGCAGAGUUGCACUGAAAGCCUUUGAGAGCUUGCUGCUCCUUGUCAGCAUACCAAAGGAAGAUACUGCAGUGUGCCUGGCUGAAAGCACCCCACUGUGUCAGCUACUAGCUGAGAGGUUGUGUGAGCUCUUCAGCCAGCUCCCGGCUACGCUGGAGCCUGCAGACAUCCACAGUUUCCCCCAGACCCACUGGAAUAAUGGACCUGAUGUCUUGUGCAGUGUUCCAUUCUCUCAGAGCGGUAUGCAGGAAAGCCAGUCAUUUCCUGGUAGUGAGCACAUGGAGAGCUUUUUCGCUUGGCUGGACUUCCUUGACCAUCUGAUGAGGGAGGCACCAAAGAGCCUCGCUGUGAGAUUAGCCAAAGAAAUUCACCAUUGCUGGCUUGUCGGUGUUCUACAGCAUGAGCUGCUCCAAAUGUCUGAGAUGGGCGUGCUGGUGAACACUGCGCUGCUGUGCUGCUCGGUGCGUCACAUCCAAUCCCCUGCCAUGGUGGAAGAGCUGGUCUCGUUCCUCCUAGGCAGACAAACACAGAGUGAGCAGCGCUUGGACACAGAGAGUCAUGUGCUGCGUUAUCAACUUAUAGAGCACUGUGACCACAUCUCCGAUGAGAUCAGUAUCACUACUCUGCUCCUGUUUGAAGAGCUCCUACAGAAGCCUCACAGGGACAUUCUCUUCAACCUGGUCCUGAGGAAUCUGGAGAACCGCUGCUAUGUGACACGCACUCUCGGGGGAGGGGAUGAUUGCAGGCAUUUCACUGACACUGAUCCCGUGGAGGAGAAUGAAGAACUAGAGGAGGACCCUUUCUUCACUGACAUGUACGGCGAGGAUGAAUUCAACAGCUCAGAGCAUCUAAUGCAUCGACCACAGCUCAUCAGAGAACAUCGCUGCAGUGGGCAAACUCAAGCAUUGGACAUUGUAAACAGUUUUCUGUGUUUGGUCCCUCAAGAAGCAAAAACCUCUCAACAUGUCCAAGGUGCCCGAUAUGAAACUUAUGUCCAUGAUGCUCAUGAGCAGUUUAAAGAGUGCACUGCAUUCUUGCUCAAUUGGGAUUGGCCGGAGUCCCGCAAACCAACCGAGUUGUCUAUAUCCAGUUCUGACUUUUUCGAAGGCCACUUCCUCAAAGUUCUGUUUGACAGAAUAGGCCGGAUCCUUGAGCAGCCCUAUGAGCUGAAUCUCCAGGUGACAUCUGUGUUGUCCAGGCUGGCCGUGUUCCCUCACCCCCACCUCCAUGAGUACCUGCUGGACCCCUACAUCAUCCUGGCCCCUGGAGCCCGCUCCCUGUUCUCUGUGCUCAUCAGGGUGAUAGGAGAACUGAUGCAGAGGAUCGAGGUGAUCCCAAACUUCACAGAGAAGCUUGUGCAUGUCCGAAGGCAGCUGAUGGGCCUGGAUGGGGAGUCUGGAGUGGAUCACAUGCCCCUGCUUAAGGGAGUGAUCAUCCUGGAGGAGUUUUGUAAGGAGCUGGCAGCCAUUGCCUUUGUCAAACUUCCUCCCAACAACACAAACUUGCAGAACACAGACACCUUGUGAAUCCUUGAACAGAACACUCAGUCAGAUGGACGACACCAGUCACAGCUGCUUACUUCUGUUGGUUGCACGAGUAAACAAAGCCAUAGAUGACCGGAGGUACAAGGGCAUUAAUUGUUCUCCAAAGAUGAAGCAUUGGUACUUAAGAGAAUAGCAAAUGUGUAAGAUUCAUCUCCAUUUUUAGGUUUAUUGUAAAUGUUUUGCUUUGAGUUUAGCUUAUGUUAAAUGACUAUCUUAAGCAAAUUAUCACACCUGGAAGUAAUGUAUGCAGUCAAUCAAAUCAAUGUAAAAGGUUGCGUUCCAUCUUGUCUUUGUAACAGUUGCGUAUAUAAGAUUGCUGUAGGCUAUCCCUGGUUCCUGAGAUAUUAAAACAUGUAUUAGAAUGAGGAUUGAGCUGGUAUUCAUAGUGCUUAUGUAGGAUCAUGUUCAUUAUGGACUAAACUGAUCCUGGGUCAGCACUUCUAAUGAAGCUUGAUACAUGAUCAUCUGGGCUGUGAGACUGGUUGGAACAACCUAAAAACUGUGCGUCAUCCAGUUUAACUAUUGAUACUUUGUUUGCAUGGCGAUGAGUCCAUCCUGGAGGCAGAACUGAGCGGUUUCCGCUAGAUGGGCCAGGUACAAAGUCUAAAUAAAUUAAUACCAAAAAGCAAAUGUUUUAAUACAAGGUUAGGUUUAAAAGAUUUGUACUUUGUGGCUGUGCCAGCUAGCAACCACUCUGGAGUUGCUUCCAGAACAAGAUUCACGACAAAAAACACUAACCUGUGCUUGCCUUUUCUCACAUGUUAUUUCUGUGUUGAGGUGAUGUCUGGUGUCUUAUGUGGACCAGGGUCACAACACAUCGGUCUUAAUACAUUGUUUUAAACAUCAA